AUGGCCGAUUCCAGCGAGUCCCGGCCCGUCGCGCGGGUCACCAAGCCCGUCAGUGAGGCUCUGCUCAACGAGAAGUGGGACCGUGCCAUUUCUUCGAUGAUCAUCAAGUCUUCCCUCGGCCUAUCUUUCGGUGUUGUCUUCUCCGUUCUUCUGUUCAAGCGCCGCGCUUGGCCUGCCUGGGUCGGUCUCGGCUUCGGUGCUGGACGUGCUUGGGAGGAAGCUGACUCAUCCUUCCGUCGCGGCGAUUCGCCCAUCCGUGAUGCUUUGCGCCGGUAG